UUUACCUGGUUGCGUUUUCAAUUUUGUACAAAAGGGAGGAAAAUCAUUAUAAUGAUGCUAGCAUAGUAACGUUACACAGACUUCUUACCCAACGCGGUCCUGGAGCUGUAUUUCAAACCUCAUGUCACAUCCGGCUCCGGUUUCUUGAGGUGCGCUGGCAGAAUGGGGCGCAGUUUCAUCCAUCGGGUUUGAUCAUUGAAUGAAAAUAUUAACAGUGGGUUAUUAUGGGUUUGAUCUUAUAGGCUAAAUACAUCAAUGGGUUUGCAGGGUUGCACCUAGUAUACAUAUGGUUUGCACUUUGAACCGGUUUGCACAAGAUGGCCAAAUAUUAGCUAACCUUGAGUGGCUGUUGUGUUGUAACGUUAUUAAGCUGUUGUUACCACUACAAAGAGGGACUGAGGGAGAUAUUGUACUUUACUCGUUUACUAGUAACUUGUUAUGUUACUUUGUAGGCUAGAUUCAGAUUGAUAAUACAGUUAGGCCAACAUACAAUCAGAAUUAGCCCACCAUUACCUGCAACAUUUAAGGAAUUCAAUUAAACUACUGGUAUUACGGCUAUAGUUAGGCAUAACUAGGCAACCAAUAAAUCCCUUUCGGAAAGGUGAUCUGUUUCCAGGUGAGUCGGAGGGGAGGAGGAGCCAAAAUACAGAGGCAUCUCCGGAUUUGGGAACACACGUCUUGACAGGCCAAAGUGGAAGAGGAGUUGAGUUUUCAUCGUAGGGAAGUUAUAAUGGAAGAAUAAUUGGAGUAUGCGAAAACGGGGCAAAGAGGUAAACAACGAGCCAGCAGCCAGAUGGCACAAGAAGAACCGCUGUAUGAUUUUCCUGAGCCCACCCAGCCGUCAGAGCGCAAGUUGGGGCAUCAAAGAGGACAGGGCUCUCUGAGAAGCAUCAGCGUAUUGGACCGUCUCCUGCUCACAGUUCCUGUCUGGCUUCAGCUGUCCAUCAACCCUGCCACCGCACUGCACAUACUGCAGAGGGAGCCUCCUGGGACCUUCUUGGUGCGUAAGUCUCGCACGUCCAAGAAAGACGUGCUGUGUGUCCGCUUGGCAGAUGACAGCUUGCCAUCCUUUGUUCAGCAGUUUGGCAUCAGGCAGGAACACUCCACUCUGUCUCUGGAGACCUCAGCCAUCAGCUUCCCAGAUCUCCCACGACUCAUUUCCUUCUACUGUGUCAGCAGAGAUGUAUUACGCUUCCCUCUGGAGCUUCCUGAAGCCAUUGCAAAGGCAACAUCCCACAAAGAGCUCGAGUCAAUCUCACAUAUGGGAAUAGAAUUCUGGAAUUCCCAUCUAAACAUCCGUGGGCCACGGGUGCCCCCUAAGCCCCAGAAGGACAAAGAGAAAAAGCCAGACGCUGUAAAUUCAGUCCCGCCCGCUGCUGCCCCACAGACGAGCUCGGCAGCUCAGUCGGAUUCAGUUCCCCAGCCCGACUCAGACAACCAGCUCAAGACCGCAUCUAAAUCAGACACCGCCACCAAACAAUCAGGUUCCAAUCCCACCCUGUUCCAUGAGUUUUGUCCAAUCUCUACACGCAGCCCCGGAGAGCUGGACUAUGGCUCCGGCCAGGGUGCUCUCUGUUUCAUCAACCCUCUUUUCUUGCAGUCCCAGAACUCUUUGUCCAAACGAUGCAUGUUCAAACACAGCCUCAAGGUUCGGAUUUCCACAGAGUCAGCCACCCUGCUUUCGCCCCCACUCGCUCCUCCACCUCCACCACCUCUAAUGCCUAAAACCAAACGACAAUGUAAGGCUCAGAAACAGGCACAAGGAACCAUCCAUCCCUUGAAAGGUCUUUUACAUGAUGAAAACCCAAGUCAGGACACCCCCAGUGAGGUCCAAGUUCAGCCUCCGUCAGUAACUCCUCACCUCCAGCCUAAGAUGCAGGAGCAGGACCAAACACAAAUGGAACCAGGCCAAAGGGAAGCUGGAAUCAGGGGGGGUACAACUCCGCUACCAACAGUCGUGGAGAAUCUUCCAUACGACUCAGACUACAUGCAGCCGUCUCCAAUGAUCAAUUUCUCCCAUUCUCCCUCACUCCCUCCUUACCUCUCCCCAUCGGUUUCUCCCAAGGCUCCUCCCCUUUUCCCCAAAGUAUCUCCAUCCCUCUUUCCUCAUGACUCUCCCGGUGCUUCCCCCCACGUCUCGCCUCAUCAUUCCCCAUCUCUUUCUCCCAAGGCUCCCUUUUCCCUCUCUCCAUAUGACACACCCAGCGCUUCACCCUCUCUUUCACCUUACCAGUCCCCAUCGCCUUCUCCACAGGUCCCCUUCGCUCUCUCUCCCUUCACCUCUCCAUCCUUCCCUCAGCUGGCAAAGCAAGCCUGUCAUACACCUGCUACUCCUUCAAGGCCAGAGCAGCAAAGAUCAGAUAGAGUGGCUGAGGAGGAGGGAGCAGGUGCUGAGGAAAGUAAGGAUGAAGAUGGUGAGACAAAUGAGGAACUGCACACAAAGAGAGAAGAGGAGGAUCUGGUUUUACAGAUGACUGCUGCUUCUCUAAAUGACACAGACAGCUGCAGUUCCUUCAGCAGUCUUGAGGGAGCAGCAGAGACUCCACCUCACUCACCCCACAAACUGGACAAUGGUACAAGCCUCUAGCGAACAACUGAAUUAAAUUAUCAAAGUAUUGUGUAGAAUUCUUUAAAUAUUAAAUGACGAUUCUAGUAGUUUUGUAUGUUUUGACCGCAAAUUGUGUAAACUUAUUAUGCUCUAUCACCAAUCAUUUUCUAAAACAAAGUCAAAAAUGUUCAGUAUUUUGUGAAAAUUAAAUUAAGACAUUUCAGACUUGAAACUUUAUUGGGUAAGGUAGUCCAUAACGGUUAACCUUAAGUUUUUGCACCAA